CAACCAAUUAUAGAACGUACUCCAAACCUGUCCAAACAAAAAAUGUCGAAUUUUAUGUGAAAUUUCGUUUGAACACGCGAGUACCACGCUAGUAUUAUGAGUAACAUCGGCCCUUUCGGAUCGAAAAAUACGGCCCCGUGGCGUACGGCCGUCACCAAUACUGCCGCUACAAAUCUCGUCGGUCAAACAAACACUAUUCAGCAACAAAUUAUGAAUCAGGGGGCUCUUAACAACCUCAACAACAGCGGCAUGGUGCCGUUUCAGCAACAGCACCAGCAGCAAGUAUUUCAAAAUGCGAUGACCAUGCAACAACAAAACCUAGGAUUAGGGCUCCAACAAAUGGCCAACACCUCAGCCGUCGCUAUGAGUGCUGCAGGAUUAGGAUCACAAAUUGCUUCAAAUCAACUGUUCCAACAAGUUGGUGCUGUAACUUACCCGAAUCCACGAGCCUUAAACCCUACAGCUUUUCAAACGCAAAACGUAUCAGGUGUUCCACCUGUACAAGGUAACACAAGUACAAAGCAACGCGUUUUUACCGGAACAGUAACAAAAGUCCACGAUAAUUUCGGUUUCGUUGAUGAAGACGUCUUCUUUCAAACAACCGCUUGCGUAAAAGGUUCAAAUCCAGUUGUCGGAGAUAGAGUUCUCGUCGAAGCGUCAUUUAAUCCGAGCAUGCCGUUUAAAUGGAACGCGACUCGAAUACAAGUGUUACCAAUGAAUCAAGGCGGUUCAAGUAGGAAUUCCAAUGUUAAAAGCUACAAUUCCGGAAAUAGUAGCGGAUACAACGCCGUCCCUCCUCCGGGAGAUAACUCGAAAGGGAGUUUUAGCCGAAACAAUCAACGAAACAAAGCUUCAUUAAGCGGAAGAGGUCGCGAAAGAUCCCGUGAUCGCGAACGCGAAGAUGAAGAUAUGGAACGAAAGAAGAGACGUGAGGAAAGAAUUAGAGAACGUGAGAAAGAGGAGAAAAAAUCUCCGUUAAGGCGUAGAUCUCGAUCACCAAAAUCUAGGAGAAGAUCUAGAAUUGUGCCAAGAUAUAUGGUUCAAAUACCAAAAAUUGCACUUGAUCUUUCUGAUGCUGAUGUUUUAGAAAUAAGACGUCGUUAUUCAAAUCUUUACAUACCUUCAGAUUUUUUUAAAAGCUCCUUUCGUUGGAUAAAUGCAUUUCCAGCCGAUAAACCAUUCAGUUUGAACAAACCCUGCGUUUUUCACAUUGUUAAUAAAGAUGUUGAGCCAGUCAUUGAAAACGACGCCGUCCUCGAGCCACCUGAUGCUGACUACAUCUUCUCAGCUAAAGUGAUGUUGAUGAGUGUGCCUGGGACGGAUGAACUUUAUCAAAAGUGUUGUGCAAUGGCUGAAGAUAAGGAUCGUAGGGACCGGGACAGCGAAGAUCGUGAUUAUGUUCAUCCAACACGUCUUAUUAAUUUCUUGGUUGGAUUACGUGGCAAAAAUGAAACGAUGGCUAUCGGGGGACCAUGGAGUCCUUCAAUGGACGGCGAACAGCCGGAUACUGAUCCUUCAGUAUUGAUUAAAACUGCUAUUCGGACCUGUAAAGCUUUAACUGGAAUUGACUUAUCCAGUUGUACAAAAUGGUACCGCUUCGUGGAGCUGUACUACCGCAGGGCUGAGGGAACCCACAGGGGGAAAACGGUGCCGGCCCGCGUCGAGACCGUCGUCGUCUUCUUGCCGGACGUUUGGAGCUGUUUGUCGACACGGCUCGAGUGGGACGCCUUGCAGCUCGGUUAUCGCAGGCAGCUGGAUCGCAGGCUUACGAUCAAAACUUCAUCCGCAGCAGGAGCAACAUCAACGACUUCUCCGGCUGUGGCAGAGAAGUCUACUUCAUCAACGGUUGAAUCCGAUCAGGGAAACGAUCAACCUGGUGGUGGUGAUCACGAUGACUCCAGUCAACAACAAGCCGCAGAUGAAAAGGAAGAAGAGGGCCAACACCAUGGGGAGAACAAAUUGGAACCAACUCCUUACUCACAGCUCGACCCCAAAGCAAUGACACUCGGCGAUUUAAGAAACGAAUUGAACGCCAGGGGAAUUAAUUCGAAAGGAUUAAAAUCACAAUUAAUUGCUAAACUUAGCAAAUCGCUUAAAGCCGAAGCUGAGAGGGGGGAAGAUUGCAAAGAAGGAUCAUCGAUGGAAAUGGAUUUGGAAGAAAGUGCUGAAGAAAAAAAAUCUGAUAUAGAAGAUCGUAAAUUAGACGAGAAAGAAAAAGCCCUCCUGGAAAAACGUUACACCCUCCCAGAUCAACCUCACAUUCUCGUACACCCCUCAAAAACAGCAAAAUCCGGUAAAUUUGAUUGCACAGUGAUGUCGAUUUCUCUUCUUCUCGAUUAUCGUCCGGAAGACACCAAAGAACACUCAUUCGAAGUAUCUCUUUUUGCCGAACUUUUCAACGAAAUGUUAAUGCGCGAUUUUGGUUUUAACAUUUACAAAGCGCUUUACGAUCUUCCCGAAAAACCGAAGGACGGAAAAGAAGAUGCAAAACGAAGUAAUAAAAAAGAGUGUGGAGAUGGAGAUAAAAUCGAUUUGGACGGAAAUGAAACGAAAAGGGAUAAAAGGGACGAUGAUAAGAAAAGAAAUAAAGAUGAUAAAAAAUCAGAGGAGCGAAGAAAAGAUUCGAAGAAAAUGGGGAAUUCCGAACAAGGUGAUUCUGAUGAUGAAGAUUUUGAUGAUGACGAAGACGUUCGUGAUAACAAAAAGAAAUCAUCAUCGGAUAAUAAAUCGGAUAAAAAGAAACGGGAUCGACCAAAAAUGUUUACAAAAGAUCGAAAUUUAUUAUUAUCGUUUGUUUAUUUUGACCAAACUCAUUGCGGUUACAUUUUCGAAAAAGAUAUUGAAGAUUUACUUUACACGUUAGGUUUGAGUUUAUCUCGCGCUCAAGUUCGCAAAUUGGUCAGUAAAGUAAUCACGCGUGACUCAUUACAUUAUCGAAAAUUAACAGAUAAACCCAAAGAUGACGAUUUAAUUGUUAUAGAUGAUUCAGAAAAAGAUUUUAACAUACAAGAAUUAGCGGCCGGUAAUAAACGAUUAUUACCAGUGUUUAAAGACGAUGAAUUAAUGUUUAAGAAAAUGAAAAUCGAAGAUAAAAAUUUCGAAAACAAAGAAUCAGAACAACACGAUGGUUUAGUUAUGUUUAAUGGAGCUUUAGUAGAUAUUAACAAAUUGAUGGCUCAAUUGGAGCGUAGUAAUAAAGCUCGAAUUGAUACUGAGAGUCGUAUGGUCGACUUAAAAAGUGAAAAUAUUAAGUUGACGGAGAAAAAUAUGAAAUGCAACGGAAGUAUUAAAAGUUUAAAUUCUGAAUUGAAAGAGACCAAAGAUAAAUUAAGGAUUAAUGAAGAAACUUUAAGUAGAUUAUCCACUAACCUAAAAUUAUUUCAACACACUUUAACCGAUAUUCGCGAUAAAAUCGAUCCGGUUUUAAAAACGGUUUUAGUUAAAGAAGAGACGAGAAGCAAAGAAAGUUUGGAGAAAGAACGAAAGCACGAUGAAAGUAAAAGCCGUUGGGAGAAAGAGCCCAAAGAAGAAAAAAUUAAAGAACAACUGGAAGACUCAACGGGAAUAGAACAAGAUCAAGAGAUUAAAAUCGAGAAGAGUUAAUUAAAAGUUUGGUCAAUCAGUGAAUCUAUUUUUAUUUUCAAGUUUUUGUCAUAUAGUUUUGAGUUAAAAGCAAUUUUUUUUAGAUGAUGUAAAAAUAAUUAAUUAUAAGCGUAUAUUGACAGUGUGGAUAAUUAUGAGAAAAUAAAUUCAAUUUUUUGAAUAAA